UGUUCUACCGCGAGGUUUGAGAGAUUUUUGCCAGUGCUUCGCCUCUUCCUUUGGCAGACGCACCUGGACAGCCACCUCUUUGCACAAACCACUUGAAAUUGGUUCAGUAUUGUUUAUUUGUGUUCCAUUUUAUAUAAGUACCAUUUUGACGGUUCUACCCACCAAAGAUGCUGAAAGAACAACUUGCAACAGAGGAUCAAUAUGCCAUUAGCAUUACAGACAUCCCAGACGAUCAACCGCCAAGCUAUAAGACUUUUCCCUCCAACUCCACCUCUCCACCUCCUUAUCCGACAUCGCCAGGAGCUGACAUUCAUCCUGCAGGAAUCUCCGCUCUUCCACCACCUGAGAAGUCCGCGAUGGCCCAGGCUGUUCCUGCCGAUCAACACGUCCCGGAUAUGGAAUCAAUUGCGACUAUUCCUCCUGGACUUUGUCCGGUUUGUCGGAAAGGCCAGAUCAUCGAAAGGCCCACCUGGUUGACCUGGCUCCUAUGUGUCUUGCUGUCCCCUUGCCUCAUCGUGCCCGGGGUAUUGGCCUUCUUCUUCUGCUGCAGGGCACCAGUGUGUGACUUCUGCCAUUUUCAAUUUUAGGACGACUGCAGGAUGUCAUUCUGAGGACUUUGUUGUUCUGUGACAAUUUAUUUUUUACCUUUUAUUUUUGUAUUCAUUUACUUGGUCUUUUUGAACAGUUGAUGGAACUAUUUUUCUUUUAUUUUCAGAUGUUUUGAAAUCAGUUUAAGUAAUGACACACUGGUGUACCUGCAAUCGCAUUAUGAGAUAUUCUCCAUGACAUGUUAUUAGAAUAUAUUUUUUAAAGGUGUAAGCCACAUUUUCAUAAUGACUGCAAAUAAAGACCGUCGUUUGAU